UCUCUGCCUCCUCAUAUCGUCCCUUGCUAGGAGGAUCAGCUCACUCCUACCUCUCCUCGGUCAGCCUGCUGCCGCCGCACCUGACGAUGUGAGCCAUUCUGAAUUUACCCUCUUCAGCAAACCUGCUAAGAGAAAAAAAGGAGGUGUUGUCCCUAGAUCUUCUGGAGAAUGACUAUCUUUAUCGAAUAAAGAGAAAUACACGGAUUGUAUAUGUUUCUGUCCUUGACGGAGAUAUCGUUCCGCUUGACUGCAGGUCAGAUAGUUUUCGGAUUCUUUCGAAGUUGCGGAAAGUUCCAAGGUGGGAGGAAGAAUGGAAAACACUCACUGUUCGAAGUGGCUCCCAUGGUAUUGAAAGUACUCCAGACGAAUUCUCGCCACACGGAUUGGACCUCGGACGGCUUAAUGUUUCUUCUGCCAUGUUUUACAAUCUUUCAGAUCUGAGAACGGUCUCUCGAAUUAGUGAUCGCAUCUAUUGGGUAAGCUGUGAUGGUGAGACGCGGAUACUGAAAGUCGCACAAUUCAAAUAUGAAAUUCCGUAUUUACAGCAAGAGGUUUCAGUAUACUCUACACUGACAUCGGCUGGCUUUCCGCUUGCUCCGCGAUUCAUUGGUUACGUCUACGAGGAAACGAAAGAUCGAACAGUUGGCUUCCUGGUGGAGGAGAUUUUUGGAAACCCGCCAGAUAUACAAAAUCUCAGCGAAUGCGUGAAGACAGUUCGCCUAUUGCAUACAUUCGGAAUUGUUCAUGGGGACCCCAAUAGAUACAACUUUCUGAUGACAGAGAACGGUGCAAAGGUCUUCGAUUUUGAAGUUUCGGUUGCUAAAGAAGAUGUGGGUCACUAUUUAUGUAGAAGCCGCGACAGCGAGACGUAUCUGCUUCUGACAAUUCGCUAUUCACCAUUGGAUAUCUACUCAGAAAGUAAGCAAACAUCAAUAUCCUACUGAGAUAAUGCGAGGUAAUUGCUCAUAGCUGGUGGUGAUUGGUUUCUUUACUCAGGGAAACCACUGUCUGGACUAAUAAGAAGUAGU